UACAGUCUGAGUACCACUUAUUUUUGUUUGCUUUGUCCUCUUUUCUCAUGCUGGGAGAGAGAAGUCAGCCUCCCAGAACAGCAGAGAGUGCCAGACUAAUCAUUCAAAUCAUUAUAUUUUAUUUCUUUCCAUUGAGAAAGUUUAAUUGAGCGCGCGUGUGUGUGUGCGGACUGCUGAUUGGGAGAUGUGUGUUGAACUCGGCGCUUCUGUCCCUGCGCACUGGAGGCUCCCCCCUCACCACUCCUCUGUGUUUUCGUGCUCGGCGCUCACACCUGGAGUGACAGAGGGGGGGUAGAGAAGCUCGGAGCUGUGAUGAAGGCAGCUCACAGUGCUGCUCAGCCUGCGUCUCCUGCACAGCGACUGCAGGGCACAUUUGGAGAACAAGUCAGAAGGGAAACGUCCAGAGGGAGGGGGGAUGCGCGCAUGUGACAGGUUUUGGACGUUUCCAUUUGUACCAGUCGGGCAGGGAAUUGGAUCUCUCCAUCGGGAGCUGCGUUUUUAAGAAAAAAAUCAACAAAAAAAAUCACCGGCGACUGGUAUCUUGAAACAUUGCACGCCUCAUCCGUCGCCCGCGGAUCUUCACAGCACCAUGCGAGCAGGAGAGACGCGCCCUGUGCCAUGCUGAACGACUCUCCGACUCUCCUGCUGGCUCUGACCGCGGUGGCCGGACUUCUCCAGCGAUGCCAAGGCUGGAGCGACGAAGACCUCCUCCUGCCGCCCAUCAACUCCUCCAACAGGUUCCUGGCCAACCUGGAGGUGGACGUGCGCUUCUCCAAGAGGUCCGUGGAGGAGAGCGACGCCUCGCCCGACGCCUCCUCCCUGCAGACUCUGUCCCAGUGCAACGUGAGCGUCCAGAGACUCCUGCCCACCUCGCUGGUGGCCCGCUGGGACAGCAGCUUCGGCUUCCAGUGUGAUGUGCUCAUCUACACCACCAACAACCACGGAAGGGCUUUUUUCUCCGCGUCUUUCAACAGGGCGAUCUCGCCCGUCGUCAUCGAACAUCUCGGGGUCACCGGGGGUCAGCAGGAGCUGAGGCUGUGCGUGGGAUGCGGGAUGUCCCGGUACCGGAGGUUUGGUCAGGGCAGGUCGAGGGGCCAGCAGACCGGGGAUCAGGUCACUUUCUGCUGCGUGGAUUUCAGCCUCGACGAGCUGAAGGGGGACAAAAGUUGGAGGCUGAACAGAAAGCCCAUCGAGUCGACACUUGUGGCUUGUUUCAUGACUUUGGUCAUCAUUGUGUGGAGCGUUGCUGCUCUCAUAUGGCCGGUCCCGAUCAUUGCAGGAUUUCUGCCCAAUGGGAUGGAGCAGAGGAGACCGAGAUAAUUGAAAUAAUCUUUACUAUAAUUAGCCUGUGCUGCCUAUACUAUAAUUGUAGCCAUUCAACUGUUCACCUGAAUGAAUGAGUGCGGAGCUUUGGAGAACUUUUUGAUCAAAUGCUUUAGUUUUGGAUGUUAUUAGACCUCCUCCUCCUCAUUAGGACAACCAAGGUAAAGUAUGAUGGAUUAUACUAGCCAAUAGUAAUCUAUACUGGGACCAACACCAAUGUGUUUUGUAUACCCUUGUAGGCCUUCCUAUAGAUUAUGUUAGCGUCAACUGUGCAAACUUUUCUCUUUAAACAGUGUUUGUAUAGUUUUUAAUCUUUCUAGAAAGUUUUUGCCUUAUCCCAUGUGUAGGACUUUUGCACUGAAAUCUGAACUUUAAAGUGUGCCGUCACAUAUAUAACCUAUAGUCGUGUUCAAAGUAAAUGUAGGCUGAUAGUUCUUUUUUCAAAUACUCUGAAAAAUAGAUGUUGUUUAUGACUGACUGAGAGGGUUUCAAUAUUUAUAUUGUUAGAUUUAUAAUGUCAAGUUCAAUAUGCGUGCUUAUUUGUAUUCAUGUUCCAACGGUUUAAAUGAAAAUAAAAUUGAU